GCUUAAAAUCUCGCAGCUUCGGAUUUACGUGGGAGUUGUUUACUCCUUUCCUACUGCUCGGAUGCGCAUAGGUACCUAGAGAAAAGAGACGAGCAGAUACACGAAGCCGUCAAUAAACAAGAGCCACAAGGAAGUUUGCCGAAAUAAACAAUCUCGAUCUAGUCAUCAGAAGUAUAACCGGCCAAGAUACAGUAUUCAAGAUGAAGUUCUCCGCACUAGUUACUACUACCCAGAUACUCCUCCUUAGCGCGCAACGCGUCCUCGCGAACGCAUCCGCCAACGUGCUUCAAGCCGCCAGCGAUGACGAUGACGAUAACGCCUACAUCGCAUCGGUAUGUUCUCCCGCCAAGGCUCCCGACCAGUCGGACCCGGCGCCGUGCGUAGAAAUCCAGAUAAUCGAGACAGCGUGUCUACCCAACGGGACAUCUCCCCUCGCUCUUGAGGCACACGCGCAGUGCCUCUGCGGCGGCAGUUACUUUGCAGAGUGGCUCGGGUGCCGCCGGUGUCUACUAGAGCACGGCGCUCUGUCGCAGCGCAACUUCAGUUACUUUUCCGAAGUACUCUCUAGUGCUAGCGAGAAGCUAUGCGAAGGCACGCCGACGGCGGCUUUCGCGACUUUGUUCACCGAGGCGCAGGCUGGCGUCCCGGAACCUACGACGGGAGGUACGGCGUUCAGCGACGCUAAGAGCGGCGAUGCAGCUGUGAGCUUGUAUUACACGGCUAGUGGUCUCCAAGGCCCGGGUCCUAUUACGGGGAGCGCAACAGCGGCUACGGUGGAAACUCCGGAUUCGAGUUCUUCGGAGGCGACGGCGACGGAUGGGGUUUCUCAGAACGGGGGGGCUACUUCGCCUACUAAUACACCAUCAGCGACAUCUUCAAGCUCCAGCAAUAUCGCGGUUCAGACGGGAGCGCCCGUGAACGGAAAGGGUGCGAUCUUCGCAGCAGCGGUAGGCGGUGCGUUAGUGGCUGUCUUAUAAGAGGGUUCACGAUGCAAGUACCGGACAUAUAAUGUAUAAUGGAUAUAUCUAAUCUACCCAUUUAAUAUAAUAUCCAUCUGUCUAUCUGCCUCUCGUCAAAAACGAACAUCGACAAUAGGGAGCAAAGCACAUCUUACCUAAGAAACAUGCUCAAGGCAAUAUAUUUAAACCCGGCCAAGCCCACCUUAGCCCAAUGGCGCAAUCUACGCAUAUAUUACUGUAACGACCGAAACCAGACUUGUCUCCUCUUUCGACUUAGUUAAUGAGACUCCAUACCUUACCUUAUAUAGCCUACCACCCAUCCAACCUACCUUGAUGGACACCUUGCUGGCCAGCUUUUUCCCCUUUGGCCAAUCACACCACCCCGCCUGUCCCAAACAAACCCCAGACAACGCCUACCUAAGCCUAAACGAGUCGCGGAUCCGGCAAAGUGACUGUUGGAUCAUGAUUCCCGCAAGGAGAAGCGG